UGUCAAUGAAGUAAUUAAUUAAGUUUGUAUUCUAUCUCUGCAUGAAUUUGGAUUGAGAAAAACAUACAAUGGCGCAUUCACGAGGCAAUUUGGCCUCAGCCUUGAUUUUAUUCACAUUACAAAUUGCCACGCCGGCUAAAAAUAAUGCCAGACCUGUCUACGAAGUAAUAAAUGAACAAGCUAGAAUGGAUGACAUACGAUUGUCUAGUGCCCCUGCUAUUCUUCCUUAUGGCAAUCCUUUAGCUGGUAAUUCUGCGCAAAAUGCAAGACUACAUGCUAGCAACCAGCAAGCCAUGUUCAACGCAGAAAGAAUACGGCAACAUAAAGCACAACUUCAAAGACUAACACAAGGUCCACCACUAAUAGAUAGCUAUAUGAAAGCCUAUCAUGAAUCACAAGAAAGUCAUCAACAAGCAUUAGAAGAACAGCAAGCUACAGUACAAGACGUAGAAACAACAACUCCAGUAACUAGCCAUAGAAUUAGAGGUAGGCCUUCACAAAAUAGGCAAAGAACGAGCAAUCCUGACAGAAGUGGAAUUCAGAGACAAGAAUUUAAAAGCAGGACAAUAAGUGUAGAGCCAGAAAAACUAACUAGAGGUGUAAACGAAAGAAGUAGAAACCAUAGAUCGUAUAGCUCUAUGGAAUAUGAACAAUACUUACAAUCGAAACUUCCACUUGCUUAUGUGACAGCAACCGGUCUGGAUCAAAGUGUAACAAUAACAUCAAAUGGGAAUGCUGGAAUAACAAAAGAACAAAACACAGAGUCGAGUAACCUACCUACAACGAGCUCAAGUAAAUAUCUUCCAAAAGCCUAUCAUUCCGUGAAAGGAAUAAAUGCACUAGAAUUGAUACUUAAAAAAGAACCUAAAGAUCAAUUAACUGAAUUUCAAACAUUGCUUAAUGGAGACAAAAGUCAAGAUAACUUUCAAUAUUCAUUAAAAGAUCCAUCUGAGUACCACGAUCCAAGAAGUUACAAUGAUCCAGCAGUUGUGGAGUCUGCUCCAGUUGAGCAGACUCCAAGCACAUAUGCCAGUGAUUUUAAUGUAAGAGAUCACACUCCUAUUACAGAAGAAAUUGAUGAUAUUGAAAACCCUACGCCAUACCAAAACACCUUUGUAAUACCUCAAGUAACUACUAUAGCACCUCAAUCAACGGUCACUAAGAGUUAUUACAAAAUUGAAGUAGCUAGUCAAACUAUUGGUAGCACUUUAAACCCAAACAAGUUCAAUGAAGAAUUAACUCUUAAUCAAGAUGAAGAUAGUAAUCAUGACAAUAUUGGUGAAAGUUAUAUUAAUUACCCUGACGGUAUUCAACAUUUAGCAGAAGAUGGGACUGGUGUAUCAGCGUAUGGUGAUGAAAAUUUGCACUACGCAGCGAACUACGAGUUCGGUUAUAGGGUAAGAGACCCAGCCAGUGGUAACUACUUCGGCCAAUACGAAACAAAGGCAGGCGAGAAAACCAGUGGACAUUAUCAUGUAUUGCUUCCCGAUGGAAGAAUGCAGAAGGUGCAGUACUCCGCGGGACCGAGCGGUUACCACGCAGACAUAAGUUACGAUCACUUGGCAAGCUAAGUCACAGGAUUUUUUUCUAAUAUUAAUUCGGUUCAAACAACAUCUCAAUCUAGUCGUUAGAAAUCGCAUAGAUAUUUCUAUAACUUGAAAUUCAAUAUGGUAUAGGUAAAGAUACGCCAAAACAUUGAUAGCGACUAACCUAACCAACAAUACAUAAUGUAAAACUGUUUUGAUUAUAGGAUAUUCAACAAUUAAGUUAUUUCUUUGCGUCAUAGAUGCACUAAUACGGCAUUGACACUGGAAA